AUGGGCAGGCUCAUCAAGAACCACUGGGGGCGAUUAAUCAUUCUCACCGCGGCAGCUUACCAGAUCGCAAGCGCCAUCGAAGGCUUUAUCUGGCCCAAGGUAUUCUGGGACUUCAUCUCCAGGAACCUUGAUGCAGCGGUCGCUCCGAUUCCCGUACUCCAAAUCCUAAACCUCAUCAUGGGCCUCGUUGGGAUAGCCUGGGAAUGGCCUCUCAAGCCGUUUGUCAAUACGGGAGUGCACCGCAGCAUUGAAUUUCGUCUCAUCAUCUACCCGCUCAGCGCCUUACUCGCUGCGCUUCUUUACCAAGGCACCGACCCUGCGAUAUAUUAUUUGAUUGGAAUCGGUGUCUAUUUCUGGGCUUACAGCGAAGGCGAGGUCGUCUGUCCGGAACCUUGGACCUUGCCAAAACGGCUUGCACUAAUGAAAGCAUAA